UGCACACAACGAUUCUCGCAUGAAUGUCUCUCUAGCAAUGACCGCGGCUCUGUACGGCGUCACUGUUGUCAACCAUCUCGAAGUUACUGGCCUUGAAAAGAAUGCUGAAGGGCGAAUCAACGGCGCGCGUGUCAAGGACAUUGUGAGAGAGAAGGAUGGCAAGGCUGCUGACGAAUUCUCCAUCCGCGCAAAAGGCGUCAUCAACGCAACAGGUCCGUUCUGCGACGCUAUCCGCAAGCUCGAUGAGCCUACUGUUCAGGAUAUCGUCGCGCCCUCGUCCGGUGUUCACAUCAUUCUCCCUGGCUACUAUUCUCCCUCUGACAUGGGUCUCAUCGAUCCCUCUACUUCCGACGGCCGCGUUAUUUUCUUCCUCCCAUGGCAAGGCAACACCAUUGCCGGCACCACUGAUGCACCCACCAAGAUUGCCGCGAAUCCCGUCGCGGGUGAAGAAGAAAUCGACUGGAUUUUAUCGGAAAUCCGAAGAUAUCUACAGCCCGAGAUCAACGUCCGACGCGGCGACGUCCUUGCAGCAUGGUCCGGUAUCCGUCCUCUUGUCCGCGAUCCCAAGGCCAAGAAAACAGAAGGUCUCGUUCGGAAUCACCUCGUGACCACCUCACCUGCUGGCCUUCUCACCUGCUCCGGCGGUAAAUGGACUACGUACCGUGAAAUGGCUGAAGAUGCUGUGAACGAAGCAAUCAAGGAGUUCAACCUGACCCCGCGACCCCUUGGCGAUCCACCGCGCAUCUCCGGCACAAGCCUCCUCGACGACACCACCCUCGACGGCUCCUGCCAAACGCACCGCGUCCGGCUUGUCGGCGCCCAUGGCUUCUCCAAGACGCUCUUCAUCAACCUCAUCCAGCACUACGGCAUCGAGACGGACAUUGCCAAGCACCUCUGCGAAUCCUACGGCGACCGCGCCUGGACCGUCGCCGCGCUCUCCGCACCCACCGAACAGCGCUUCCCCGUGCGUGGGCAGCGCAUCUCCGCUCUCUACCCUUACGUCGACGGCGAAGUGCGCUACGCCGUGCGCCACGAAUACGCAUGCACAGCAGUCGAUGUCCUCGCCCGACGCACCCGUCUGGCGUUUCUGAACGCGCAGGCGGCGCUCGAGGCCCUGCCCAAGGUCAUCGAUCUCAUGGCCGGUGAACUUGGCUGGGAUAGCAAGAGGAAGGACAAGGAGUGGAAGGACAGCGUGCAGUUCUUGGGCAGUAUGGGCCUGCCAAAGGGCAAGCUGACCCUGACGAGGAAGGAGGUUGAGGAGGGGAAAGUCGGGACGUAUGGCGACGAGGAGUGGAGUCUGUAUGCGCGGCACGGUCAGUACUAACUUUGAUAUCGAAAGGGAAAAGAUAUCUGUGGUGUUGUGGUAGGCUAACGUGUCGCAGAUAACCCAGCCGAAGUGCUCAAGUCGGACUCGAAGAUCCCCGCUGGCACGAACCCGGUGCAGAAGGACGACGCGGCGUCGAACAAGUAGAACAUGCAUUUCUCUCCCAUUCGCCAUCUCUC